CGUUGAACAACACUCGUGAGUGAGUUAUGGAUGAGUUGGACUUUUGGAUAACAUUAACCCUAAACUCAAUCAAGUGCUAAAUGUGUGUAAUAUUUGCAUUCAAUUGAAAUGAUGUCUCAUUUGAUUAAAUAUCACAUUCCGGAAGUGAUUGGUAUAGAAGUAUUGAAAACAGAUAAAUACGACAAUUAUUUGAAGACUAAUAAUGGAGAAGAAGUGCGAAGACUGAGUGUUAAUCCAAAGAUGACACCAUUAUCUGUGUUAUACAAACUUGUGGUCCAAGCAUUCAACCUAAACAGUGACUUCACACUCAGUUAUUUACGUCGGGAUACCUAUGAGUUGUGUUGUAUUCAAUGUGAUUUGGAUCUCGACUACGCUUAUCGUCAUAACUCACACCCAUGUCUACAAAUACGACUAUUUGUGGACAAAAGCAAUUGUAAUUCACUUUUUGAUUGGGAUAUAAUCACCACAUCAGAUGUGGUGCGGACCCAAUGCGACGGCACAUCCACCACAUCGACCACUGUUUUGCUCAUAAAUCAGGUCCAGAAAUUGAUGAACAGAGCGCUUGAAAAAAGUAAAGGGAAACAAAUGCCAGAAUCGGUGACACGUCCUCUCAAUGACAACGAGUUGAGAACAUUCCUCGAUUCUGAGGGUAAAGUCAAAUGUAUAAGAGAUAUGAGAAUCGCUGUCUACGAACGCGGCGUUGAACCAAGUCUUAGGAAAGUUGUUUGGAAACAUCUUCUUAAUGUCUAUCCAUACGGACUCACAGCUCAACAGAGAAUUGAUUUCAUGAAACUUAAGUGCGAAACCUAUUGUCAAAUGAGAAACUUAUGGCAAUCCAAUGAAAAGGACCCAAUUGUCGAACAGACACUUGAUAUGAUCAAGAAAGAUGUGAUGCGAACCGAUAGACAGCAUCACUUCUACUAUGGCAACAGUGAUGAUGAUAACGACAAUGUGACGGCUCUUCUCAAUCUACUCACCACUUAUUCGCUCAAUCAUAGAGAAACUUACUGCCAGGGAAUGAGUGAUUUAGCCUCUCCUCUCUUGUAUGCUAUGAAAGACGAAUCGCACGCAUACAUCUGUUUCUGUGCUCUAAUGAGCAGACUUUCAUCCAAUUUCAAUGCCAACGGAGAAGUGAUGUCUCGAAAGUUCGCUCAUUUAUCACAACUGCUUCAAUACUAUGAUCACGACUUGUAUUCAUACCUACGACGACAGGGCGCACACGAAUUGCUGUUCUGCUAUCGAUGGCUACUACUGGAGCUAAAGCGCGAAUUCCCUUUCGAUGACACACUCCUUAUGCUCGAAGUGUUGUGGUCUUCAAUGCCUUGCGUUGAUAUGAAAACAAGUCUACACUUAUUCGACGACCAUUUCCUUUAUAUUCCUAAUAAGAGCUUUCAUUUGAGACCACAAUUUAGCCAAAAUAUAUCCAUUGAUCCAACUUUGACCCCAACUAAGGCAUCAAUAUCUCCGCUCCGAACCAUUAAAUUGAUGCCACAAUUUAUGACCAAUGAUUCUAAACACAUAGACUCUUCACAGAAGGAACUCAUCGAUAAUCUACACUGAGAACUUUCAAAGGCCUCGACAAGUGUUGCUCUUUUAAAUCCGGAACAAUUGGGUUCAAACGAUGCCUUUAUGUUAUUUCUAUGUCUGACAAUACUAUUACAAAAUCGUGAUAAAAUAAUUAGUAAUAAUUACGACUCGAAUGAUAUUCAGAUGCAUUUCGAUGGCUUAGUUCGUAAGAAUGAUGUGAAUUCUGUGUUAGAUUUAGCGCGUAAUCUCUUUCACAGUUAUUUAUCUCAUUGGCAUCAAGACUAUAGCAUUUGUCACAAAUAACUUACAAUACAUGAUAUGUUGAUAUAUUUAAUUGAUAUAUCAUUAACUGUUAGAAUACAACUUAUGAUUCAAUUGUUAAGACAUGAAAUCAACAAAAUUAGUCUCCAGUCUCUCGAAUAAGAGAAGUAAUUCACAACGAUUUGUGUGGGGAAAGAGAUCGACAGGUAUGGCUUGAAUGGGCACAAACGGCUGUCCUUUGUAUGUCUUGGAUGGCGGACGACAUAGACUACAAAAUCAAGUGUUCAAAUAAAAUGACAUUUUUACCACAAAUAUAUUUCUCAC